CUGUCUUUCUCCUCCUGCACUCUCCUCUCUGAGCUGGAGCGCAUGGCGUCUGAACUCAGCUGCUGAACGCUCUUUGCACUUCUUCUUUGUGGCUUUAUUCAGUUGCACUUCACUGGAGUGUUUCUGUCAGGACUGUUUACCACACAGAGAAAUUAUUCAGAGAGAUGCAAGGUAAGCAGAGCCGGCUGAGUGACUGUGAGCGGUGCACAUUGCGGAUCUGGGAAGAGUGAAGUUGGAGGGUGAGCUGCUGAGAGGAACAGGUGGAGCACUGGCAUCAGCAACUUUAACAGUUCAACAUAAGUACUUCCAGAAGUGCCCAGACGCUCGAAUGCAUUUAUCACUGGAUACCAUGAGCAUGGUGGACGACAGCUGCUUCUCGCCCAGCAACUUCCAUGAAUUGGGGAAAGGUGGGGGCGUCGCUGUGGGGGGCCGCGUCCACAGCAUUGAUGUCAUCCUGGGCUUCAGUAAAGACCAGGACCCCCUGCUCAGCCCUGCUGGGGCCCCACGACCCCAUAAAGUGGACAUAGAUGGCCUGGCAGAGCCUGGGAGGCAGCAGGAGCCCUCAUCACACCCGACCUACAGCGGGCACCUUUCCUCUCUGAGGAACAGCAGCACAGAGCAGCAGCAGCAGCAGUACCACGAUACCAGCUUGUUCACAAACAAGUGUGACGAGGAGCUGAAUGAACUGAGGAAGAGCAUAGACAGUGAUGAAGGCAAGUCUCCAGAGCCUGGUAAGGACGAUCAGCCCAAGAAGAAGCACAGACGCAACCGCACCACCUUCACCACCUAUCAGCUGCAUGAGCUGGAGCGUGCCUUUGAGAAGUCCCACUACCCGGACGUGUACAGCCGUGAGGAGCUCGCCAUGAAGGUCAACCUCCCAGAAGUCCGAGUUCAGGUCUGGUUCCAGAACCGCAGAGCUAAAUGGCGUCGGCAGGAAAAAAUGGAUGCCAGCACCAUGAAGCUCCACGACUCGCCCAUGCUGUCCUUCAACCGCCCAGCACCAGUUCACACCAGUAUGGGUCCGAUGACAAACUCCCUCCCCUUGGACCCCUGGCUGUCCUCUCCUCUGUCCAGUGCCACACCGGUCCACAGCAUCCCGGGCUUCAUGGGUCCAGCUCAGGGCCUCCAGCCCAGCUACCCCAGCCACAGCUUCCUCAACUCCACUCCUCAUCCUCCUCAUCCUCACUCUCACCCUCAUCCAUCCAUGGGCCAGGGGAUGCAGAGUAUGGCACCUCCUCCUUACCAGUGCACGGCGCCGUACCCUGAUAAAUACCCCCUGGAGGACGUGGACCAGCGCAGUUCGAGUAUUGCUGCUCUGAGAAUGAAAGCCAAGGAACACAUCCAGUCUAUGGACAAGACCUGGCAACCCAUGUGACUAACAAACCUGGCAGUCCAUGUGGACGACACUGGGAAAGGGAGAUAUUGAAGCUGAUUCUUGGGGCUCAGGCAUUGAGUAAAAUGUUGGAAAAUAUGGCAGUGAGUUGUCUGAUACUCACAGAGGAAAGGAAAUGGAUUUUUGAAUUGUAAAAACUGAGGAUUUUAGGACUUUCUUUGGACCUUCUUUUUUAUUUUUCCUCAUCUCAAGGACAUGAAGCAGACAAGUGAACUCUACAGUCUUGUUAUAAUGUUCAUUUUGAACCACCAAUUACCAGAUGUCCGUUCUCCCUCCAGUCUAAAAGUGUUUAGCAUUGCUUUGGGUGGCGUUAAAGUAAAUGUCUUCGGGGUGACAACUGCAUGCUGGAAACAAGGAAAUUUCUUUGCUUGACAACUACUUUUUUCUAACAAACCAUAGCAUCUUUACAGGCACACUUCCCUUUGGAUAAAUGCAUAGUUCCAUCUAUAUUAAUGAACAGCUUGUCCAGUGAUACAGGUUGGUUUUUGGUCAUCACAAACCAGAGUUCCUACACAUUUUCCAUUUCAAAAUUCCACACUUUUCCAGACUCUUAUUUCCAGACGGUGGAUUUAUCAAACUAUAUUUGACAUCUGAACACAAAUAGCUAUAUUUUUAUUGUGUAACUAAAGGUCCAGUGUGUAAGUUUAAGGAUGAUUUAGUGGCAUCUAGCAGUGAGGAUUGCAGAUUGCAACCAGCUGAAACUUCUCCUGGUUAGAAUGUUCAUUGUUCAGAAGGUUUUUACAGGGAGCUGAACUAUCUGCAGAGGUCUCUUCUUCUUCAAAACAAAUUAAAAUUUGUAAAAUCGCUGAAUUAAGCAGUUUCACACAACAAAUCAAUGUUUCUCCUGUGCUGUUUGGCUCUGAAAACUAAAGAUCUAGACAUUAAGGAGGUUUUUACCAGGAGCCAAAUUAUCCACGGAGGUCUCUUUCUCUCCAAAACAAAUGGACCUGGUAAUUUAACCGGGAAAAUCACUGACUAAAACAUUUUCACGUUAAAAAAAAUAUAUCAAUGUUUUUCCAAUGCCCUUUUUGCGAGUGGGCUGUUAAAUAGAGUGGCCAAAACAAAAAUGUGAAUGGCCCUAACAAGAGCCAGUGUUUGGUUUGUCACUUUUGGGCUACUGUAGAAAUAGGGUGAUGCAAAUGAUCCCACUCCCUAUUUAGAUAUAAACGGCUCAUUUCAAGGAAAUAAAAACACGACAAUUCCUAUUCUCAGGUAAUUUUGUACUUAAGAAAACAUACUUAUUACACUAUAUUUCUUUUCUUUAAAUAUAUAUGCCCUUAAAUCUUACACACUGGACCUUUGCUCGGGGCAGAGCUGUUUCUAACCUUCUAACCUUGCUUUGGACAACAUCAAGCUCAUUCUGGCCUGCACUCUGUCACAACUUUUGGCUGUGCUGGCUACCUGCUCCCAACACCAUGAAAAACACAAUUUCAAUUUAUUUAUUUUUUUAAUUCUGACUUUUAUAUUUUAGGGGCAAUAGUCUGGAAAAGCAAAUACUUUCUUACACCCCCUUUUCUUUUUCCAUACUUAUUAGGCCUGCACAAUUUACCAGUUUCAUCAAAAUUUAAUUUGCAAUUUAAGGUCAAGUGUGACAGAACACACUAUUAUAACUGAAGCGUUGUGGUUCGACAGAGAUGUUUGAGCCAACAAAUCAUAUUCCAGAUGUAAGGGAACAUGCUUGUUUACAGACCCCAGAAAAAAUCACAUCAUCAUCAUUUUUAUAUCUUUCUUUUUCCAGUAUAAAGGAAAUACAAAAAUUACCAUUUCCACUAAAAUCGCGACUCAUAUCGCAAUCACAAUAUCUGUCACAAUAAUUGCAAUAUGAUUGUUUCUGCGUAUUGUGUAGCCUUACUUAUCCAGAACUGGAAAUUUCUAAAAUCAAAUUCUAUACUUUUCCAUACUGCGUAGGAGCCCUGACAAAUUUACUUUGAACAUUAUGUCCCUUUGUUAAAACUCAUGUCAGACAAAACAUCCUACACUCAGCUGUUCGUUCUUUCCUUUAUCCCGUUUUUUUUCCACCAAGUUUGUGUUUUUACUAAUUAAUCCAAUUGUCACAUUUUCAUGGGUCAGCUAAUCAGAGUCUCCGAGGACUUUGUGAAUGAAAGUCUCGGUUUAAUGUGAGAGCAGCUUGUGAAAAAUCAAGGCAGCAUCUCUGACUGUGACUCUUAAACGCCUCACUGUCUCACUAAUCUGUCGACUUAUAAAAAGACAUGUAACUGGCUUUCAGCUAAACCCCUAAUAAUAGUGUGGUUUAUAUGUUGCCAUACUGGCUGCCCAGUUUAGAUAUUUGAGAUAACCUGGUUUGACUGGAGGAAGACGAGGCCUACUGUUGUGGUUUUUAAUAAACAGGGAGAGGAGAAUCCCUCAUCUGUGCUGUAAAAUAGAUAAUUGUUUGGUGGGAACGUGUACUAGAGUCAGAGAUACGAUGGCACCUUCUAAGUGGACCACGGCUGAGAAUAUACCAAAAAUAAUCCUGCACACCUUUUUUCAGAUUUUUGCUGAGAUGCUUUAAAGAAUGAAGGACACAUUAAAGAAAGGAAUACCAGCUAAAGAGCGGAGUAACCCUCUUUUUGCUUGAGUGGCUGUUGGAGGAGAAAACCUGUUGGCAGCUCAGUGUUGGGUGGCUGCGUGUACGUGCAGGGCAGCAGAAAGAGCCCUGUGUGAUGCGUCACCCCACAUAGUUUAGUCUUUGUUCGGCACAAUUGAUCCAAGUGUAUCCUCUUUGUCUGAAAUUGGAGGGGCAGGGGGGACGGUCUCAGGCUGCACUAAAUAGGCCCUUGUAACCACUUUGUCAUGGAAGGUUUUUUUUCUGUCUCAAUCAAAGGAGAAACAUGGAUUGUAGCUGCUAUGGUCAUUAGAGACACAAUAUUGGUCUUUUCCCAUCUGUUGCAGAGUCAAGCUCUAAUUGUCUUAAAUGUAGAGAUCAAACCUAACCACAACGUGUUUUAUAUGAGCGGUAAAUAGAUUUGUAUUUGGUAUUGAGACAUUUUAGGCAUUUUGACUAUGUUAUGGAAGAAGAGGGAGAGAAAAUCCUUCAUCUUAAAGUGCAAUUCCAGACUCCUUUUUAUUUUUUAUAUAUAUUUUUUUAAAAAGGAGACAAAUUUCCCCCCAUAACUACCUAUUGUUUGGUUGUAAUAUUUCAUUUCAAUAUGUGAAAGCUGUGUUGAUAGCAGGUCAUACAUCCACACUGACUACAGCAGCAAGAACAACUUAGUAAUCCAAGUGUAUCCUUGGUUCAUUUUAAAACCCAUUGUUGUACUGCUCAGCGAGAGAAAAACGUUUUUCAUCUGCUGCUCGUCGUUUGUCCUCAUCUAGUUUUUUAAAUGUUGUUGGUUAGUGAUGUUUAGACUCCCAAUUGGACGAUGCCAGGACCUCACACCAUAGAGGAUUACCUUGCACAUUAAGAGCUUUUUUAGGAUGCUAAAUACUGUAAAUGUGAUUUUGGAGCAAGAGCAAGCCAAAGGUUAGAUAAUGGACAAAAAUGCACUAGAAGUUUGACAGUUUUAGUUUGUUUUUUUUAUUGUGAAAAUGUUCAGGAUGUUUUCCUGUUUUGUUUCUUACAUGUCUUAGUCAUAUCUGUCCUAGUGGUAUCAUUGUUUUCUUUCUUUUUGAUUUUGUCUGGAUCAUUGAUGUCCAUAUGCUGAAAAAAAGAAUGAAGAUCUACUGAAAAUAAAUAUAGUUUGAUAGAAUCUGUUCUUCUUUCUCACUGCGGUGCUUUCAUGUUGACCUGUGCACUCAUUCCCACACUGUAUUUUUUUUACCCCAGUAAGUCUAAAGAGCAGUCCGAGAUUACUACAGCAUAAUCGUUAUCAUCUGACAUACAUGGGCAGAGACGUUUUUCUUUCUUUUCCUCUAACACUUGUGCCCCGUCUCUUUCUGUGUCAUAUAAAAGCUCUUUCUUGCUCUCUUUUUUUUUUUUUUUUACCCCUCCCAAUCCUCUCUGCUGUUCCAUGGUUUGGUGGCAACGUGCCAGCCUGUUAGGAAGAUGAGACUCCAAUCAAUCAGGGCUUCCCAGGGGGGCCUCUGACCGCAGGGCCCGACUCCCUAAUUGCCCCCAGGCAGGCAGGCAGGCCGGCAGGCUCAGCCGCUGCAACACAUGUUCACAGAGGGACCGGUGCCGCCGUGCUAGCUGGCCUCCUCAGCGUGUGAAUCACUUUCUUGGACAGAUGGAUGGACCUCACUAUAAGGGCCAUAUGGAUAGGCCGGUGGAUGUUACAGGGAAAUGUUCUUUUCUCUAUAUGUCCUGACGUGUCUUGUUGGUUAAACUUGCUCAUGAAUUGCUAUUACAUAAAGUCACAGAGCUGAGCAAGUGAAUUUCCCAAAAUAAAAAGUAUUUGUUGAACUUUAAUAAACCCAGAAGAUCAUUUAAUACCACUAACAGCUGUUCUGAAGGCAUCUCAAGCAUCCUCAAAGACUUUUUA